GACCCCAUCACAAAAAAAGAAGAAGAGGAAGAGAAAGAGGAAGGUGCGUGCAGCCAGCCACGGUGGGCCCCACACCGUGCCAGCCAUGCACUUUUCUAGGGUCCUUUGGCCGACAGCUUCGCGCUUGCUCACGAACUUGCCAGCUGGGUGGCGUAUCCAUCCCCUCCUUCCACCGUGUCUUCCCCCGGCUGCAGCCUCUUACUGGCCGUGACUGCGCAUGCGUGCCGACGCCCCCUCCAGCCCCGGAUGGGAGGAGGGGAUGGAAGUGAGGUUGGGCCCCGCGGCUUUGCUGGUCUCCUUCUCUCUCCCCUUCCCUCGGGCGGCGUCUCUCGGCGCUCACAGGGCGGUGCAGAUCCGAAGGUUGCAAGAUGGCACACAGGUUUAGCUGAGACGAGAGGGUUCCGGAGCCCCACCCCGGGAAGAGGCCGCCCUGCAGGUCUCCCUAUCCUCUGAGGUUCCCAGUUCUCUACCAGGGAUGCGAUUUAUCGACCAGAAGGACAGGGUGGACACCGCACCCAUGGACUGAGACUAAAGGCAGGGCUCUCACCCCUGUCUCCAUGAACUUGGUAAUCACCGGCUUCUUCCCCGCCCUCUGUUCUGCGGCCCCUGGUUCCUCUGGCAGCAAGAUGCUGGGUGGAAGCGUGAAUUCCGAGGCCAGGAUCUCGGAACCUAGUCUCACUUGCCAGGACCCAGUGACCAAAGGAGUUCCCCACCAGGACCUGCUGAAACCCAGCCAGCCCGGUGCAUCUGGGAGCGCGCCCUCCCGGCCCCGCCGGCGGCCCCCGCCCCAGCGCCCGCACCGCUGCCCGGACUGCCCCAAGGCUUUCUCCUACCCGUCUAAGUUGGCCACGCACCGGCUAGCACACGGCGGCACCCGCCCGCACCCGUGCCCCGACUGCCCCAAGGCUUUUUCGUACCCGUCCAAGCUGGCGGCACACCGCCUCACGCACAGCGGAGCUCGCCCGCACCCCUGCCCGCACUGCCCCAAGGCCUUCGGCCACCGCUCCAAGCUGGCAGCGCAUCUCUGGACCCACGCGCCCGCCCGCCCCUACCCGUGCCCCGAUUGCCCCAAGUCCUUCUGCUACCCCUCCAAGCUGGCGGCCCACCGCCACACGCACCAUGCCACCGAAGCCCGCCCCUACCCUUGCCCGCACUGCCCCAAAGCCUUCUCGUUUCCCUCCAAACUGGCGGCCCAUCGCCUGUGUCACGACCCCCCAACUGCGCCCAGCAGCCAGACCACUGGCAACCACCGAUGCUCCAGCUGCGACCAGGCCUUUGGCCAGAGGCGUCUCCUGUUAGUUCAUCAACGCAGCCACCACCAGUCCGAGGGCCAGGGAGAGAGGGAGUGAGCAGUGGUCCGCACACCGCACACCCCCUCGGCCUCCAUCACGUGUCAAUAAAGACCUGGAAUUUCUAAG